CUCCGUCCUCCUCGCCGUGGAAGCGCCGAAGUUUGAAGCCGCUCCGAGUUGAACUCGCUGGACUUUCAGCGGUUUACGAUGCCUUAAUGACAACUUCCACACCUUUCCGCUGUCGGUCCGGACUCCAGAUACGUCUGCAUGAAGACACGGCGUGUUUUUGACGGUGUCUGCAGUGGAGUCGUGGUUCGUGUGGAUUUAUUCGAAGGCCAAAACCACUAAAGUAGCAUCCAGCUAACCGACAGACCUCACCGAGCGAGCGGCUGUGCGCGGCGUCGCGCUCUGCCCGUCGCUUUUUGGGCUCUUCCGCAGCGAAACACAGCCGCGCUGCCUUUCCUCGAGUUUACUUCACCUGGAGCCAUGGAGCAAAAUAUAACCGUCAUCGUUCUGAGCGACGACGACGACGACGACGACUGCACGACGAGCCUCGACGACUCCUCCGUCCUAAUUGUGGACGACAGUGAUAAGGACAGAGCAGUGGCAGAGGUCCCGAAAAGCAGUGAAAUUCUGGACGAAGACUUAACCAUAACCUACUCACAGAAAGCUCAUGUCCUGCCUCAUGCCCGUUAUGACUGCACCAUCCCUUUCUGCUGCACAGAAGGUGUCGUCUCGGGGCCGGAGAACAAUAACGCGGCGUACUGCGAGCAGUGCUUCUGCUACGUGUGUGACAAACCGGCCUCCACGUGUGCAUUCUGGACCAUUCCUGGCUUUUGUCACUGUAACGCCCACAAGCGCAGUGUUUACUGGAAAUCUCUCAGAGACAAAAACGUCAUGGGGUACCUCGGCGAGCUCAACUUCCCCUUCAACCCUGAGGACAUGGAUUCAGACCUCAGACGCGCCGAGGUUUCUCUGCAGGAGUUUGCGCGCAGCUUGGCCUUGAAGUACGCAGCUUACCUGGCUGGGUUUCAGAACCCAAACUGGCCGACCUGCUCUCACUCAGCCGAUAGAAGGAAAAUGAACUGCGAGGGAUGCAACACUCAACACUCAAAACCUCUUGAAUAUAGCUACGUUGGAGUGAUGGAGCAUGUGUGCACAUUUCUGGAUGAGGCAAUGAAGCAGAUGCCAAAGACCUGCACCGUCAUGCUGCUUGGAGCUGUUAAGCUUUUCAUCACGCACUCUUCACCUGGAAAUUCACGCUUAGCUGGCAUUGUGUCGGAUAUCGUGCUGAGACUUCUGUGGAGAGUAACGUCGAAGGUGCAGACUUUAUUUGUGGACACUGAUUUCCCUGCCGCCUUCACAAAGCAACUGCUGCAGUUUUUCCUGGCCCUUCCGCUCCCGCCUGAUUGCAGAUGGCUUAGAAACAGCCUGAACGUGCUCCCGUGGGACGACCCUUUGCUCUCGGCCGUGUUAAAGGGUCAGAAUGUGACGGGAGAGAGGCACGUCAGAGGCAGACGGUCAGAGGCUCUGUUUGAAACCAUUGUAGUGAUUCAAGCCAGAGUCUGCAAACUCCAGCAAGAAAACAGGUACCGUGAGCUGGCGCGCUACCUCAAAGUGGUUAAAAGUGACAGUAUUCCAGUGCUGCAGAUCAUGAAAGACUGGAUUCCCCUGUAUCUGUGUAAGAUUGGUGAUUACAGCGGUGCGGUCGAUGCCUUGUUAAUCUCCUCGUGCGGCUCCUCGUGCGCUGCCUCCAGGCUCAGUCUUCCCCAGUUUUGUGCUUACCUCAGAAUACUGACGUCAGGCCACGCACCAUCAGACAUCCCACGACCCCCACAGCUCGACUUUGUUCCACGCUCAGGAGUGAUUCUCAAGAGCCAACCAGACCCCUUACAAAGCUCUGAUUGGAUGCCUAUUGAAGGAGGACACAGUUCGCUAAAAAGGGUGGAGGUGCUGAAGUUUGCACUGCGAGUUCUGCACUGUAACAGUGCAGCCUUUGCACAUCCUGAAAGCUGGGUGAAAGUAUUGAACAUUGCCAGCACGUCUUCGUCUAACUCAGAUGGUGCCAAAGAGAGCACAGCGCUGGCAGAACCUGACCUCAACUUCUUAAUAAGAACGAGGGACACUGUUGUGGGAAUCCUCACUGAACUGGCACGCUCCUCACGCAUUCAGAUCCCUAAAAGCUUUCAAAAAGAGUAUCCUGACCAGGCCAUGUUGCUGUUGACCACUCAGGCUUUGGCCGCCCGUAUCCUCCACUCGCGGCUGUGCCCCAUCCUGAGUGUCGUCAUGACGUUCAAGUUGAACCCCUGGGCGGUGCGCUGGCUCUUCCACAGUCUGACCGUGCGGCCGAACGUGCUGCAGGAUCUGCUCUGUGUGGUUGUGGAGGAGCUGUUAAAGGAACCAGACCAGCCCUUCUUGUCAAAAGAGGACACAUUGGGGCAUUCCUUCAUUGCGAGUUUCCUGUGCCUGUUCUUCCUGGAGCACAGUGUAGUUCUGGAUCCCAACAGCUAUCCCACCAGUGCGCUGCUCAUUAGGUGGAACGAAUCGAAGUACCCCUGGCAGCACUACCUGAGACGACAGCUGGAGUUCAAUGAGGCCAUUCUGACACAAGACAAACACAGAGUCCUGCAGAUGAUUCGAUGGAGUCUACACCAGCAGUAACCACUGUGUGUGUGUGUGUGUGUGGCUGGCUGUGUGUGUGGCUGGCUGUGUGUGUGGCUGGCUGUGUGUGUGGCUGGCUGUGUGUGUGGCUGGGCUGUGUGUGUGGCGGGCUGUGUGGGUGAGUGGAAGAGAACGAGGAAAGUGUUCUCUAAAACUUCCUUAAGCUCAUUUUCCAAUUUUUGAAGGAAUAUUCAAGAACCAAGGGCAACGUGUCAAUCGAAAGAUGUCAAAUGCAGUAACUGAGACUCGGUUCCUUUUGUCAACCUUAAUUUUGUAAAGUUUGGUGUGUGUUCUUUUUUCCUGUUUUUUUUGGAUAUAUAUAUUUUUCUUGAAAGGUGGCAUUUUGGAACAUUUUUGUAUUGAAAUUUCUUUAAGAGAUGAGAAUAAAUAGGCACUGUUCCUGCUUUUUCUUUUUUAUGUUUGACUUUUUUUUACUUUCCCCUUUCUUAUGCAAGUGGAUUACACUGAUCAGGCAUAACAUUAUGACCACCUCCU